AGGGACAUUGCGUAUUUUUCUAUCUGCACAUUGGUGCAUUACACAUGAAAAUAUAUACGAUCUAGUCAUAUCAAUGAGUUCCGCCUUAUCCAAACAAAUCACAUAGCUUGAAUAUAACGUUAAAAAUCAGUCUGGCACUCUUAUUUUACAUGAAUGCGAAACACGGAUUGAAUUUUUAUUGACAAUGAGAACAUCCUGAUUGGGUGUGUGCACAGGGUUGUUUACGGGUGGGGGAUAGGAUUUUGUAAUAUAAAAAGAUCUCCUGAUUAAGAAAAAUUCAGUACACCCAUCCAUCAACAGCAACCAACAACAACAACGACAAUGAAAACUAUUGUUUUGUGCCUGUACAUCUUCAUUGGGAUUAUUAUCUCCUCCACUGCUCAGCCUUAUGGCUACAGACUAAGAAGGUCCUAUCCACACCAAGCAAUGAUGUUUAGCGGCGGGUUCUACGGCCGUCCCGGUCAAGGUCCUCAAGGAUCGAUGACGGCCUUCGCUUCUAGGGACGCCAUUGCCACAAAUAGUUAUUUGGGAGGUAACGAAUACCUGGGAAUGCCAAUCGACGAAUCUGCAGACGAUUCAAAUCAGGUACAUAAGCAUCCGGACCACAAGACUGAUAUCACUGAAACCGAACAAACUGAAGGUGAAGAGGAAGAAGAACUUGAAUAUACUACCACAGUUAAGCCGAAGAAGAUCCCAGCCAAGCGUAAGCAUGUUAUCAAAUCACAAGAGGAUGAGGAUGACGAAGAGGAUACCGCAAUCUGGCCACUGCAAGGCUCACGCAACGGCUACAACGCAUUUUUUCCUAUCUUCUUUGGAACUCGCGGUUCUUCGCAUAGAUCAAGUGAGUCCGGCGAGGGCUAUAAUCCAGGAUCCGCAACAGCGAUAGCCAACAGCUUCAGCACUGGGAAAGGAGGAGUGGCUACCAGUCACGCCACCGCCUACGGCGAUCCGUACUUAAGCGUUCUCCUUAGAAAUGGCGGAAACGUUAAGAGGAGAAACUCUAAAAAUGACAAUUAGUUUAAAUAACAGAAGAAAAAUCAAGAUAAAUCCCAUACUUAUAUUUAAGCGCACCAUUGUAUUACGCUCUUA